GUUGGUAUCUUCGUUCCAGCUGGACAUGGUGAGGAGAUCACGGAGCUCUGUGAGGAAAUGUGUGGCGAGGAGCCUGAGACCGUCAUCAUUGAUGAGAAGGCCAAGAUGGCGCUCGCUGGCUUUGCUCACAGCACCGAGAAGGAGGCCUUGGACCAUGAGGAAGUGCUCCUGUGGGACGUGCCAUCGUCGAUUCACAGACUGCACAUGUUCGGAUCAGGUCGUUACCGGUUCUACGUGGAGAGGCGAGGGCUGGAGGAGCCGCCUGUGGAGGUUUUCAAGCCGGUUCACCCCUUCAUGCUGCAGUGGGAUGUUUUGACCCAUCCUGGCAAGAGCACGAAGAAGAAACCGCCGACUGUCAAGGGCAUGUGCGACUGGCGCAAUCCAAUGGGCUUCGCUUGCCACGUGGACGACUCGAGACCACCUACUGAGUUUGUGGGAUGCUGUGCUUCGAUUCAGGGUCUGGAAGGAGGAGCCCAGGCGUUCGUUUCCGGAGCGUCUGUGCUGCCCAUGAGGUUCUUGCCGGUGCUGCUGAGCACUUUGUGCCCCGAGCGCUGGUGUGUUGCCUGGGGCGUUGAUGUUGGUUCCAGCGAGGUGCGUGCUGUGCGCAUCCUGCACCACGAGCUGGUCAACCUUCCACAGAAAUCCCUUGCGCCGCCGGUGCUGGAGGCCAUAAAUGCGCUGCGAACAGGCCUUCGCGAGGCAUUGUAUCCGGCAAGCUGGUGGACUUGGGAUGGCUGGGAAGCAGGAAGCAGAAGCGCUUCAACUGGACGCCAUCGAGGUCGGCAGGAGGAGCGUGACGGCGAUUUGUUGGAUUUGCCAGACCUUAGUCACCUUCUGAGACAGCUCAUGGAGGCGCUGCCUGAUAGUGUGGCCGUCCAAAGGCCCAAAAAGAUGAAGUGGCGCGCGGCAACCACCUUCUCGCAGCAGGACUGGGAAGAGGAAGAGAGCUUCCUCAGGGGUCUGCAGCCACUCUCGCAGGAGGACGCCCGCGUGCAUGCUGACGCAGGCAGUGGCAAGGACGUUGAUUUUCAAGAGCUUGUGGACUUCUUGGUCAGGAACGGAGAGUGUACCAUCGGCUCCCUGCCAGGCAAAAUUCGCAGACCAAAGAAGCAGCUAGAGAAACGGCCGGACCUUUUCGAGAUUUUCGCGACCAAGAAGGACUGCGUCGUCCGUCUGGCGGGCAUCCAGCAAAAGGCGGCCGGAAAUGCCAAGAACCAGAAAGGAGCUGUGGGUCGAGAGCGAACUUUGGUUGAUGCUCUCAUCAGGGUCUUGAAGAGUCGUGGUGCAGCUGUGGGCCUUGGGGAACUUGGGUCGCAGGCAACUUUGAAGCCACUUCUGCAGCAGCAGAAGCCGGCAAUGCGGAAAAUACGCCAGUUCCUUGCUGCCUUCCCGAGCAUCUUUGAAAUGGGUCUCGACAGCACCGGACAAGUCGCCGUGACCCUGAGCGGUGAAGGCCUGCAUGGUCUGACAAAGGCGCAAAAGAGCGGUAAAGGUGGCAAUCGGUCCACCCCAGGGUCAAAACGGAAAGGCGCCAACCCCGCCGUGCUGUCGGAGCGCAUAGCUGCGCUUUGUCGUGCGUCGGCAGCCACUGCGACUGACUUCGAUGGGCGGGUCAAGGCUUUGCUCCUCGACGUGCAGGACAAGCAGGGCAUCGAAGCCUUGGACGAUUGCUUCGAGAAUUUGAGCGAAUGGUUGAGCAAGAAGGGCGAGAGGAGUGCCAUCGGGAAUUGGCCAGGAUACAUCACGAAGCUGUUGGUGAACUGGAAGGAGAGGAUGCAGUGA